AUUCAAUUUAACAUUCAUCAUCUAGUCGUGUAUGCACCUGAGGAGUCUGAUAAAUUACGGCGUAAAACUCACCGCGUAGACUCUUGAAACCAUCAGUGGGUCCCUCAUGACUGAUCUGGGAAGUUCAUCAAUUCUCUGCCUAUCCUAGUGAAGACGCAAAAUGAUUGGAGCACUGAAUUACAGUAUUCUGCUGCGCGGAUCAAGACUAUCCAGUUACUGGAAAGUUGCAUCAAACGUGAAGUUCGACAUGCCGUCGAACUCUGCAACAGCAAUGAUGAAUAGAUCAUUAGCAAGAGAAAUGUGCAAAUUUGUGCCACAAAGGUCUUUAAAAUCAUUAAAAGUACAGGGCUUAGAUGGUAUACCGCUUAGUUACGACAUUAUCUAUACCUCACAUGAAUAUCACACCACAGCUCAGUAUUUGUUCACAUAUAUGCCGGUUGGAGCAACAAUAGGAGGUCUUUGCCAAAUAGCAUUGGACUUUGAAACUUUCUUUCCUGAUCCGAUGAAUGCUGCCUUGAACAUAUGGAUUGCGACUUUAUUUUACUUUUUAAAUAUCAAAUCAGCUAUUCUGGCAUACAAGGCUCCAGUGAGAAUCUAUCACGACAAAGAAACAGGAAUUUAUAAGGCUAUCUUCAAUGACUGGAGGCCAUUUAAGAUCAGAACACUGGAGUUUAAAAAGGGAUCGGUCGCACAAAUUCCACCACCUGAUGAAUUCACUUGGUUUUCACACAGUAGAUAUCGUAUAAACGGAGAGAAUAUCUACAUGGUGCUCGAUUUUUUUAGAUACCCUAGUGAUUUGUACAAUAUGUUUGAUGGAGUAGCAGUUGAGACUGAGGAAGAAACCAAGAAUGAUGAUUAGCCAUACUAAAGUAACUGAAUCAUAUAACUGUUGUAUGAGUUUCUUGUAGUUCUUACAAACUAUUGCACAGCAUACAGUCUUACAUGUAAGAGAGUAUUAACACCAGAUUUUCGAUUGAAUAAAUUUAACACCAUAUUAAAUUAUGUUAUAAAAUUGUUCUGCAAAUUUAAUAAAUCAGAAUAACAUUUUUUACUGUUGAUUAUUCGUAUUUCUGUCCCUUUUACAUUUUAAAGAAAUUGAUACAAAAGACUCACGUCGCAUAAUGAAAAACUAUAUGUACUUUGAAAGAAUACUUAAAUAAAAAAGAACCUUUUCGUUAUACAUUGUAUAAAAAUAAAUACAUUCAUUUCUCUUACACACAUCGUGUCAUAUGAACAACUAUAAAGAUGCUAUUGCAAAAAUAGUUGCAGUGAAAUACUUUCUUAGAAUUGAAUUUUUCGAUUUGAUAUUAAUAUGAAUGCUAAGUAUUUCUAAUAGAUUGAUCAUAUAAGUUACGUAUUAUAUACUGUAAGACAAAGAAUGAUGUAUGUAAGUAAAUGAAAUUAAUAUAACUCGAUUCAUUUUGGUCACGAUAUGCAUGUAUAUAUUUUAAACCUACUUACGUUAUUACAAUGUUAAUAAUAAAAUAAUAUAACAUGACGAGUUACAAAAUAUUUCACUUAACUGCACUCGUCCUAGCGACGUAACAUCUCUCUUUAGAAUAUACAUAGAUUUGUUCUAGUUACGUAAAUUGAUAUAUUCGCUCGUGGACCUCAGUCGUAAGAAUUUGUUGGAGAGCACGUCAUUAAGUUCAUGUAUUGUACGUAAAACUGCAAUUCAUGAAACAUUGGAUAAAUUCAUUGUGUAUGAACGCAGCAGUAUAGCUAAAUGCAUGAACACAAUUUGCUCAUACUAUUUUUAUUACUAAUGCUAAUCAAGCAUUUACAUAUAAUUGACAAAUGCAUUGUAUUUUAAACUAUCAGGCUUACUUAAAUGUAUGUAUAUCCUCUCUCUCCUUGAAGUUUUUCUCUGUAUCAAUAUUUACGUUCAAUGCACAUCAAUAGCUUACGUCUGAAUCAUUUAUUGUAGGAAAUUUGCAAUUUUCUUUCUUUUUUUUUGCGUUACCAAUUGAUUUAUACUUAUUUAACUAAUGGUUAAUCCAGCUCAAGACUAAAUAAAUGGAUGACAUAUGGUUUAGCAGUUGGAUUGUUACAUUGAGCAAAGCCUUUUCAUAUAGGUCCGUUAUAACGAUAGGCAAGUUCUGAGCAUGCAACUUGAAUUAUACACUAAUUACAGAGCAACUGAUGUACAUAAGACAUCAGUGAUCAUCCAACAACUAGAACAAUAAAUGUUGAGCCUAUAUUCUUGUUGACAUACUGUACACAAACAUUAUUUGAUAAACGAAAACAUACUAUAAUAAAUUGGAGGAUAUAAAUAAUCCAAUAAUUAGUCAAAUAAUAUUGGUAACAAGUUUCUCAAAAAUCGAAUCAACUAUGUUCGAAAUAUUGAUAGCAUGAUUCCUCUAUCUACGCAAGAUCUAAAAAUAUAAUUCUCAAGUAUUGCAUUUAUAGCCCCAUAGUGAAGUUACUGAUAUACAUAAAUGUUACGUAUGUGAUUGCUUAUUGUGAAUUGUUUAAGAAAAUUUAAUAAAUAUUUUGUUUAUUUUAUGACUAUUAAGUAAGUAUUAAUUUAUCAGAUCAGGAUAUCUCCAAUAACGUUCUCAAGUGGCCUCAAGAUGGUAAAGAUUUAUAAUACAGCCUGUAAGAGCUAAUUAUAAUAUGAGGCAAAAAGCAUUUUGUUUUUCAUAAACUCUGGAACGACCAAAUCUUUUUACAUUAAAGAUACAAGAUUUUUAGAA